CUCUCCAACUCCCGUCCCCAGCCAUGCCAGCAUUAGCCAGCCAUAGCCAGCCAACCGCCAUCAACCGGCGCGCCCAGCUAUCGGCGCCAGUGGCCUCCAUGGCCUGGCGCAGCCGAGCCAGUCGGAAGCAAUUGAUGGCCAGAGAUGCAGCAAGGCCGCCAUCACACGAGCACGACAUGUGCCAACCUUGCGGGGGCCGCAUCCCCAGCCCUCGCUCGCAAAGCUGGUUGGAAUCUGCAAACUUGGCGAGGCUCGUCUCUCGUCCUUCGCGCCCUCAUCCGGGGCGACCCGACGCCGCUGGCCAUGCCGUCAAACCAGCGUCUCGCCUCUUGCUUGGGUCCGUUGCAAGCGUCGAUGUCGGCGCAGCGAUGCUGCAUCCGUAGCGCGCUGCGGCUGGCGGAAGCGACGCGCUUUACGGAGCUUGGGAGCGCGGCAGCAGCAUAUCCCUACUGUACAUACUUGUACAAGCAGUAUAGUAGCAUCAAACGGCGAGCCUCUGAGGACGGGAUUUGGGGUUUGGGGUUUGGGAUUUGGGACUUGGAACUUGAAGCUAUCGAUCUGCAGCGCCGGCUGAGCUAGCGGUCGGCACCGCAGUUUCACAGGCUUGGCUGUCCGCUGAGCAUCGACUAUUCUACUCUUAGGUACUAGUUGUAGCAGCACGGAGCUAGUCAUUGAUACUUGACAAUG